AUGGCCACGGCCGAGACAGCUGCAGCCACCUCGACAGCUCCGACUGCUCCCACACCACCACAAUCACCAGGCACAGACAGCGGCAGACCUGGCCGCCGUCGUCCUUUCUCGACAUGGAUGAAGAAGCUCACCGGCUUCAAGAGUGGGUCCUCCGCGGCUGUCGUGCCCGCCAGCCCUAGCCAGCCCGUGAGCACGAAGCGCAACAUCAAGUCGGCGUCGAAGAAACAGAAGCAGAAGCAGGCCAAGGCCUUUUCCAAGAAUCACCCUUACCCCGAGUCGGGCAUCGCAGUCGGCCGCAAUGGCGGUGGCCCCAAUGGCAGUUGCUCACUCUCGACGAGCCCGACCGGAAAUUCGCUCAGUACCUCCUCAGUCGAUCGCAGACGCUCUCCCCGGUCCUCCUUGGAAGGGCGUAAUCCGCCGACAAUUGACAGCAAGUCCGUCGCGCCGACCAUCAUGUCGACAGAGCAGGGCGCGCACUCGGAUGCCGCGCCUUCGCACGCCGCGUCGUCCGGGCAGGGAACAAAUGCGACACUGGGGUGUGGAGUGAGCUAUGGAAGAAGUCCAGACAGCACCUUCUCCUCGCCUGCACCUUCCUUACGAUCAUUAACCACGACACUCACCACCAUCCAAUCCGCCACGCCGAACGGCGUCCCAGCUUCUCACAAUAACCCCUAUCACAACAGCAACAACCACAACAGUCUGAACGCCAACAAUACCCAGAGCAUACACUUCUCCCACCAGUUUCCCGCGUCGCCUGCUCCUUCGGCCAUUCCAGCCCACCUCGCGCCCUCGACCAGCGGCGGGCAUCCUUCCACGUACCACACGGCGACCGCAAACAACCUCCUGACCGACAACGCCUCGAUACUGACGCUGGCAUCCUCCUCGAACAGACACAGACGUCGAUCCAUGGAUACGGACGCGUCAGUUCGUGCGCUCGCCCCGUCCUCUAUGUUUGGCGGGAGCCGAGAGAGUCUCCCUCUCAGUGUCCUGAGUUCCAAUAUUGAUGCCUCAAGUGGAAUCCCAGCGUCAUCUCACCAAGCCCGAACCAACGUCGGAGCCUUCAACGACCGGGCGAGCAUUUACUCGGCCACGGGUAUAGCCCCGGCUCUCUCGAGCGAGCGGAACAGCUAUUACGCGGGAAAGCAAGCCAACAAUACGGACGGCGGCAGCAUCAAGAGUGGGUUCCUUGGCCAUGGUAGAACCGGGAGUGUGAGCGGGAGCAUUGGUGGUAUCGCUGGUUCGGCAAGCCCACUUGCCAGCAGCCCGAAAGAGGUUUCUGGACUCGCCCCGGAAAAGCCGAGCCGGCGCAACUCGGCAUGGGGGGAAGGUGGGGAAGGGGAGAAGGUCGAGGCCAGCGACGCCGAGGUCACCCAGACCGAGACCGAGGCCGGCAUGGCCACGGGCACGGAGAACGGAAAAGCAUAG